UCUUCGUCAUAAUCUCAAAGACUCUUUACGAAAGAGAAAAAAAAAGCAAAAGGCUUAAGAACAAGAAGAGUAAGAUUCACUAGGAGAGAGCGAUCAUGGCGACGAGAGCAGCAAACGUACCUGAACAAGUCAGAGGUGCUCCUCCUCUCGUUGAUGGUUUGAAGAUUCAGAACAAAAACGGUGCUGCGAAGAAUCGGCGUGCUCUAGGCGACAUCGGGAAUCUUGUAUCUGUCCCCGGAGUUCAAGGUGGAAAGGCUCAACCUCAGAUCAACCGACCCAUUACUCGAAGUUUCCGUGCUCAGCUAUUAGCCAAUGCCCAACUCGAAAGAAAGCCAAUCAAUGUAAACAACAAAGUUCCAACUCUUCGCGCAAAGAGACAACCUCUCGCUGCAAGAAACCCAGAAAGAAACCCAGAAACACCAAACGCGGUUCAGAAGAAGAACUUGGUUGUUAAGCAGCAACAACAGGGAAAAGCUGCUGAAGUCGUCGAGUCAAAGAAGGAGGUGACUAAAAAGAAGGAAGCAGCUGCAGUGUCACCUAAGAAUAAGAAAGUGACGUACUCGUCUGUUCUUAGUGCUCGGAGCAAAGCUGCGUGUGGUAUAGCCAACAAACCAAAGAUUCUUGAUAUUGAUGAGUCUGACAAGGAUAACCAUUUGGCUGCGGUGGAGUAUGUUGAUGAUAUGUACUCGUACUAUAAAGAAGUCGAGAAGGAGAGCCAGCCUAAGAUGUACAUGCACAUUCAGACUGAGUUGAACGAGAAGAUGAGAGCCAUCUUGAUUGAUUGGUUACUAGAAGUUCACAUCAAGUUUGAGCUUAACCUUGAAACUCUCUACCUUACUGUCAACAUCAUUGACCGAUUCCUCUCUGUGAAAGCUGUCCCCAAAAGAGAGUUACAGCUUCUGGGAAUCAGUGCCUUGCUUAUCGCUUCCAAAUAUGAAGAAAUCUGGCCACCACAGGUUAACGAUCUGGUGUAUGUCACGGACAAUGCUUACAGUAGCAAACAGAUCCUAGUGAUGGAGAAGACUAUUCUUGGAAACCUCGAAUGGUAUUUGACAGUUCCGACUCAGUACGUCUUCCUUGUCCGCUUCAUCAAAGCUUCGAUGACUGAUCCAGAAAUGGAGAAUAUGGUACACUUUCUCGCUGAAUUGGGGAUGAUGCAUUACGACACCUUGAUGUUCUGUCCCUCCAUGCUUGCUGCUUCAGCUGUUUACACAGCAAGGUGCUCACUGAACAAGUCCCCUGCUUGGACUGAUACAUUGCAGUUCCACACCGGCUACACAGAAUCUGAGAUUAUGGACUGCUCAAAGCUUCUUGCUUUUCUACACUCGAGAUGCGGUGAGAGCAGGCUGCGUGCGGUGUACAAGAAGUACUCAAAGGCCGAGAAUGGAGGUGUAGCUUUGGUUUCAGCAGCCAAGUCUCUCUUGAGCGCUGCUUCUGAUUUGAAGAAGCCUUCAUCUUCUUAGUGCUUUUAUUUUUUUCAUCAGAUCUCUCUCUGAUUCAUAAUUCUGGAUUCGACUUGUUGAAAUAUACUCUUUGUUGUGAGUUCAAAACGUAUUAAUGAAUUCUUUUUUUUUACUAUUC